AUGGCCACCGCCGACGGCAGCACCCCCUCGCUCCCAGCUGUGCCCAUCGCCAACCCCGACAUCACGGCAUCCCGCUACCGGGGGCUGCCCAGCCCCACAGGACCCACGGCGAGCCCCACAGCCGGGGAGCAGAAGAAGGGCCGCAAAAAGAUCUCCAAGGCUGACAUCGGGGCCCCCUCUGGCUUCAAGCACGUCAGUCACAUCGGCUGGGACCCCAACAAUGGCUUCGACGUGGCAGCGCUGGACCCCGCCCUGCGGGCACUCUUCGCCCGGGCCGGCAUCAGUGAGGCGCAGCUGGCCGACGCCGAGACCUCCCGCCCCAUCCCCGACUUCAUCCAGGGCCGUGGGGGGCUGCAGGCCGUGCGGGAGGAGAUGCGCCGGCAGGACGUGGUAGACACCGGCGAAGGCGUAGUUCUCGCUCAGUGUCGUGUCCCCGGCCAUGGCGCGGCUUGCCUCUGCCAGUGGCGUCGGCACCACCCCGGGGGGACUGCGGACCCAGGCGUCUGGGCGUCAGCACCCUGA